AUGUCGACCCGCAGCCAUCAAGGGUGCUGGACUUGCAAGCACCGCCGGCGUCGCUGCGAUAAUGCUCGCCCGACAUGCCGGAACUGUGCAAAGCGUGGAGUGGACUGUGAGGGCUACGAGGUACGACUGCGCUGGGGCAGCGGCGUUGCGUCGCGUGGUCGAUUUACUGGUGCCGAUAAGCCCUUGGAAGAGAAUGUACCGCCGAGGCAAUUGGGAAGACGGAGAGAUUUAAGCAGAGAGAGGAAGAGGCUCGAGGCUCAAGCUCAGACCCAGAGGGAGAAUGGGUGCGAUGAUAUGUUAACUCAAAUGGAGAAUGAUGCUACUCUCACAAUAAGGCGAUCCGAGAAAGAUGAGAUUCUUUUCAAUGAAUCACCAGAGAGCAUGCUACAGCCUAGGCUUCCUGGACUGUGUGAAGAGUCCAAUGCCUUGUAUGAUAUUUGUCUUACCUUACAACUCUCUUUAUCUACCAUUCGCACACUUCAAUUCUUCGAAUACUUCGAUACUUCACUACAAGAGUUUAGAUCCGAACUAGCUCGCUCCACAACGUUGUCCGAUGGAACACUGACCGCGGGGCUUCUAUUAUGUAGCAUUGGUGUGAGUGACCUGAAGUAUUUCUAUUUCCAAACACCGAGUGAGCUUGAGCAGCUGACCUAUCCUCUACUCGCACAGCUGAUGCAAGGACUGCCGUGGACAAUGCACAUAGAAGGCAUGUAUAACAUCUUGCAAAUCCGUAGUCCAGAGCAUUCCACUGGCAUGGAAGCAGCCACUCCAUUUCGCACGCACCUCCUCGAGGUCAUGGGAGUCAUGGACAUACCUUGUUUCGCUAUAGGGCGCCAGACGUCUCCUAUUGGUAUUUGGCGCCGCUUCUGUCAGUCGACAGGACCGAGGCACGGCAUCGAGCCAGUGACUGGUUUACCGCGCUCUCUAUUGAACCUACUCGCCGGGAUUGAUACAGAUACAACGGAGCAGAGUUUCUGGGACUGGGCGGGAGAAGCGGGAACCUUUUCGCAGUGCCACCUAUGGGAAGCAUAUCGACUAGCGGGAAUUCUUACCAUCCACCAGAGAAGGAGAUCAUCGGGUAGCCCUCAGAGCCAUUCAACGAGGAGGCGGUCAGAGUUGUGUCCGGCGGACCCGAGUAUUCUCGUAGCUCGCAUUGUGGCCAAUGUGGAUGCUCUUCGCUUGGGGUGCUUGGAGCGCCCGGAGGAGAAUUAUCUGAACAAUUCCAUUAUUUUCCCGAAUUUUGUUGCCGGACUGGAAGUUGAUGUCAUGCGUCAGAAUCUGGAGUGGCAGGAAGCCAUUCGCAGAUGCUCUUCGGGAACACGUCAAGAUGAUAUGCUUCUUGAAAUUCUGCAAGAAUUAUGGCUCCUCGAUGAUUCUACACUUGAUAUAAACGACCUGGCCCGAGCAAGAGGCGUUGAAAUGGGGCUGUUGUGA